CAAAAUAUAUGUUUACAAGUACAUACAAACUAGUUAAAAUUUAUACACACAUUAUAAUAUGUUUAUAUUAAACUCUAUGAAUUAAAGUAAUAUUCUUCAAGUAUGGGUCAAGGAAAAAGCCAAUUUACAGAAGAAGAACUACAAGACUAUGAGGAUCUCACGUACUUUACGAAGAAAGAAGUAUUGUAUGCUCACCAAAAAUUCAAAGCUCUGGCACCUGAGAAAGUUGGGCACAAUAAAAAUGCUAAAUUACCUAUGGCCAAAGUGCUCACAUAUCCAGAACUUAAAGUGAAUCCAUUCAAAGAUAGGAUAUGUAAGGUGUUCAGUUCCAGUAAUGAUGGAGAUUGCACCUUUGAAGACUUCUUGGACAUGAUGUCAGUUUUCAGUGAGAUGGCUCCUAAAGCAGUAAAAGCUGAACAUGCAUUUAGGAUAUUUGAUUUUGAUGGUGAUGACAUGAUAGGCGUAUCAGAUUUACGUGAAGUAAUACAGCGUCUGUGCGGACCGGAGUUAAAACUAACAGACUCAGAAAUACAACAACUGGUGCAGAAUGUUUUGGAAGAAGCAGAUCUUGAUGAUGAUGGAGCUCUCUCCUUUGCUGAGUUUGAACAUAUCAUAGAUAAGAGCUCUGAUUUCUGCCAUGCAUUCCGAAUCAGGCUUUAAGAAAUUUCUACCAACAUGCAAUAUUAUCCAUGUCACAAAAAUGCUCACAAUAUUUUAAUCUCAAAUUCUAUUUAUAUAUUAUGGCUAUUUUAUAAAUCAAUUAUUUUAUAGCUGAUUUACUUUCGUACCUUUUUGGGAGUUGUUGCAUAAUCAAUUGGUAUUUACAUUUUUUUGUUGUUUUCCAAAGUAUUUGGUUAUUUUUGAUUAUAAUUGUAGCUGAGAACUAAUUCUCUAGUCAAUCUCACUACGAAUUCUAUCAUUAUUUAUUUAAAAUUUAUUCAGUUGUUCAUGUACAGUAUACUCAAUUGUUUAAGGCAUUUACUUAAUCGUGACCAUUUAAGAACGAUCUAAAAGUAUUUAAUAAUUAGUAUAUAACAGUAGAUUGAACAGUAGAUCUGAAGCACUUAGAACUGCCGAAAGUAGAGAUACGCGAAUUGUGCUACGGGUAAUGAGAGAACUAGAAAGAAAUAACCUUCAGAAGAUGCCAAAACCGCAGAAUAUUGCUAAAAAAAUCCAUUUUCACUGUGUACUUUACAAGCAUCAGAAAUUGUUAUCGAAAAAAAUCUAUGUUAAAUCUGCAUUGAAAUAAUAAAUAUAGUUGUAGUUUAUAAUAUAGCAGGAGUUAGUAAGUUUCUGAGGGUAUACCUACAUUACAAUCUUCUACAUAUGAAACUUAAACUUCAUGAACCAUAAAACUAAAUUUUAGUAUAACUAACUGACAACUGACAGGUCUGUUUCUAAAUUAUUCAUUUCUGAGUAGAUUUCUUGCUUUAUAGAAAAUAAAUUCUAGCAAAUAAUGAAAGGAAUGAUAGAUUCUGUGUUACUGGAAAACGUGUUUAAAAUUAUUAAAAAAAAAUUGUAUUUAAAAUUUUACUUUACUGUCUAAUAAUCCACUUACAUUAAACAGUUUAAAACAGUAUUAUUACUUGCAUUAUUAUAACAUAGGUAAUGAAAUUGUAUUUUCGUCACGUGCUUUUGUUACUUCGCUAAGUAGUAUUAACACGUCGACUGUAUCAUGUAGGUCACAGUAACAAAACAGUACCGCACAAUAUCAGAAAUCGAUAUACUUAAAUACUGGUGGUAGGACGUCUUCUGAGUCCGCGCGGCUAACUACCACCACCCUGCC